UAAUAUGGGGUGUAAAAGGUUACAAUUUUGCGCUUCAGUUUCAACCCAUCAUUUGCUUCAACCUAGAAGCUAGACUUCGAUUGCAUACAUUAACUAUCAGAAUCAAAGAUUGGUUCGUUUAUUAGAUUUUGGUUGGUGAUAGAUUUGCUAUCCAAGUUCCAAGCAUGGUGGAUUUAAACUCCCUUAUUUGUUGGGUCAAAAAUAGAAGCCAAAUCCCACCAUUUUUAUUUGAGAUUUGCUUGAAAGUUACAAAACUUUCAUAUAAGAGCCAUCAAUUCAUGAGUCAUGACCAAAAUUUACUCACACAAACAAUGAACUCUCUCACAUCUAUAAUGCAACAAACCUAUCGUAAAUUCCAAGGCUUACAAAACUCCAAAUCCUCAUUCUCAAAUCCAAACAACCAACAAACCUUGUAUAUAAUCAUAUAUCUGGUCUUGCUAGCUGCGGCGGCGACGACGUGGUAUAUCCUACCCACCACCACCUUACCACCACCCACAUCGGCGGCCACAACCACCCUCCGCCGGCGAUACUACUCCGCCACCUGCCCUUCCGCCGAAUCCACCGUCGCCCAAAUCAUGAAGCAGUCCCUCCUCGCCGAACCACGCAGCGCCGCCUCCGUCCUGCGCUUACAGUUCCAUGACUGUUUCGUCAAUGGGUGUGACGGUUCACUGCUGCUCGACGACACUCCAACCAUGGCGGGCGAGAAGCUCGCCCUCGCCAACAUCAAUUCACUCCGAUCAUUCGAAGUAAUCGACAAAAUCAAGGCGGAGCUUGAGCAGUCCUGCCCUGGAGUCGUCUCCUGUGCCGACAUCGUCAUCAUGGCGGCCCGCGAUGCCGUUUCCCUGACAGGAGGUCCCCGGUGGGAAGUGAAGCUAGGAAGGCUGGACGGCUUGACGGCGAGUCGAGCCGAUUCAGACGCCGUAAUGCCAAGCCCAAGAGCCAACGCCACGACGCUGAUCGACCUCUUUGCCAAACUCAACCUUUCCGUCAAAGAUCUCGUCGCCCUAUCAGGGUCGCACUCGAUAGGCAGAGCUCGGUGCUUCUCGAUCACUCACAGACUGUACGACGACCAGGCAGGGGCGAGGCAGCCGGAAGCAGCGAUCGAGCCAGGGUUCAGGGAGAAGCUGAUGCAGCUUUGUCCGGUCAACGGAUACCAGAAUGUGACGGGCGGGCUGGAUUCGACGCCGGUGGUGUUCGACAACCUGUACUUCAAGGAUUUGGUUGUCGGGAAAGGGGUUUUGAAUUCGGACCAGACGUUGUACACUUCGCCGGAGACGAGGGCGUACGUGGAGGAGUUCAGCAGAGAUGAGGAGGCGUUUUUCCAGGCGUUUGCGGAAGGGAUGAUCAAGUUGGGGGAUCUGCAGUCCGGUCAGCCGGGGGAGGUCAGGAGGAAUUGCCGAGCGGUCAAUGGCUCGCCGGCGGCAGCAAUGAAUAAUUACCAGAAUUGAAUCAAUCUAGCUAGUGUCUGUAGUAGUAAAAGUUUUGCUUUCUCGUCGUCUAUGUGAUUCGCGUUCUGACUAAUGGUAGUCCUAAUUUGAUAAUGACAAUGAUACCUUGACAAAUAGAAGCAAUUGAGAGUUAAUGAACUUACGAUAUUGUUAUCAGCCCGUCAAAUUUAUCGAUCAAUCGUGACAGGUCUGAAACAGGUACCCUAGGAGAGUGAGUAUGUACAACCCCAAUAGCCACAGACCACGAAAGAGAAGAAGAUCAACAGACGAACCGGGGUAAAGUAGGCUACAGCUUGUGGAAAAAGUACACAGCAUUGUACAACCGUGUGUAUAUUCUCGUGUCCAGACUCAACUCCGUUCGAGUCCAACCAGCAACUGCCUGCAAAUAGAGUAAGACCUUUGAUCUCAGUUCGAGUUAUGCAAGACAGAUAAAUCUAGAUGACAAUGUACAAGGCAAAGAUGAUCUCUUUACAGAAACCAAAAUGCAGACUUCCACUUGGAGAUGACAUAUCAGACAUUCAGAUGAGCACUAGUACAACGCUUUCCUCAACAAAAUUCUUUUCACCAACAUUAACUAGGGACUGAUCUUGUGAAAUAACUAGGUCGACAGUACAAUAAGGGAUGAUGGUGCAGAAGUUUACAAGAGAUGUACAAGAUCUUUCUAUCAAGAACAGUAUAGGUGACUAACUAAAUAAAAGUGCCAAUCCUUAACUGCAAGGAUGAAAUUUGUCAAAGGAUUCAGAAAGGUUCAAGUACUUUCUAAUUGAUUCCGAAUUCAGACUCUCCAAAACAACAAAUGAUUUCACACAAAUGCAUAAUCUUUAGGCACAAACUUCUGAAUAUUUCUCACAAUACUGGUGCCAUUGCUCAUUCGUCUGGUUUAUUUGUUUCCUACUUUUCUUAUGCUUAACUUUUAAGUGGAAGGUGAUGCAAUGCAACAUAGAUUAAGAAGAAAAAAAUCUUUGUAUUUCUAAGAACAGUUGUGGGUUUACUACAAAUUCCUCUCAAAAGUAGAAUAGAAGGAGAAAAAACCUCGGAGAAAACAGCUACAAUACCAUCAGACAUCAUUAUUUCACUCAGGGCAUAAUAUACAGUAACAAGAUCAGGCCCUGUUUGUAGGUUCCAUGAUGUAAAAAUAUGCCAACACCUACAAAACACAUAUUUCGACAGGGCUCUACUCUGCCACUAGCUCAACUUUGAUUUGCCAGAUAGUGAUUAACUAAAUAAAAGUACGAAUCAUCAACUGCAAGGAUGAAAUUUGUCAAGGGAUUCCAAAAUUUCAAGUACUUUCUAAUUGAUUCCCAAUUCAGACUCUCCAAAAUAACAAAUGAUUUCACACAAAUGCAUAACCUUUAGGCAGAUACUUCUGAAUAUUUCUCACAAUAGUAGUGCCAUUGCUCAUUCAUCUGGAUUAUUUGUUUCCUACUUCUCUUAUGCAUAACUUUUAUGAGGAAGGUGUUGCAAUACAACAUAGAUUAAGAAGCUGAAAUUCUUUGUAAUAGAAGAGAAGGAGAAAACUCUCCAAGAACAGUUGUGGAGUUUACUACAAAUUCCUCUCCAAAUAGAAGAGAAGGAGAAAA